AUGGAUUCUCUGCUUCCAGAUCAACAUAGAUCUAAAAGUCGUAAUAUUCCAAAGGUCUUAACUGCAUUGUUUUUUGGAUUGUCAGUAGCUGCAAUAACCAUUCUGCUUUACGGACAAGAAUCACAACUAAAAUAGGCAAAUAUUCUUGCCUCUUUUCAAGAAAUGGCUGCACCAGGAGAAGUAAUUUUGUUCGAAGAUGAAGAAUUCAGAAAUAGAAAAGUAAAGCUAUACUCAGGAUUUAAGGGCAAUUUGGAUACCCUUUCACCUAAUUUUGAUGAAUUAAUGAGCUCUGUAUAAAUUGGCAAAGGCAUUAGAGUAAAAUUCUGCAAAUAUAGAGACGGCGUAUGGUGGGGGUGGAGUGAUAACUUCGAAGUCGUUGGACCUUAUAACGAGCCUUAUUUUAUACCUUCUGAUACUGUAAGCUACAUAGAAGUUUAUCCUUACGAUGAAAACACAGAACCAAGAGUAACUAUCAUUGGAGGAUAGCUAAGUAAGUUUGACAGAUCAGGAACAUUUUUACAAGGGAGAUAUUUAACCUAAGAUCUUUAAUGGAAUGGUAUAGACAGACCAAGAAAUAAUGGAGGUGCCUCUGCCAUAAUUGUUCCAGCAAAUAUGGGAAUCUAAGUUUUCAAAAAUGAUUUUUUUGAGGGAGAAUCUAUUACAUUCAAGGGGCCUAACAAGAUAGAUCUAAUUGCUUAUGAUAAUGGAAAAUGGAAUGAUUACAUUGGUAGCAUGAUAGUCUCAAGCUUUGUCAUCGGAAAUGGACCUAUUUAAAUAAUAGGAUACUGGGAGAAAGUUCUAUCUUCUAAUGAUGAAAUUACUACAAGUAUUGAACAAACUUCCGGAAUCGACAAAUCAUUGACUAACGAAAAUGAAUUAAGCACCUCAAUUACAACCGGAUUCGAGUUUGGUGGUGAUGCUAUUGGCUAUAAGGUUUCAGUUAGUGCUACUGUUGGUACUGCAGUUAGAGACACUGUUUCUUAAACUUUGAGUAGCUCUAAAACUCGUAAAAUUGAAGCUAAAUGUUCUAACCCCAAUAAUGUAAAAAUCACACUUUGGCAAUGGAGCAUGACUGGAAAGAAAAAUGGAGAGCUUGUAAUGGAUUUAACUGAUAAUGAAUUCAUCUGCAAGAAAGGAAGUAAACCUCCUAAAUGUCCAGUUGGAUUUUGUGACGAUGAUGAUCCUUAAUGCGAAAUUUGCGUCCCAGGAACUUUCAAAUGA